AUGGGGGGGUCACGCCAGUCAUCACCACGCCUCAGUCAUCACUACGCUCCAGUCAUCACCACGCCUCAGUCAUCACUACGCUCCAGUCAUCACCACGCCUCAGUCAUCACCACGCCCCAGUCACCACCACUCUCCAGUCAUCAUCACGCCCCAGUCAUCACCACGCCUCAGUCACCACCACUCUCCAGUCAUCACCACGCCUCAGUCAUCACCACGCCCCAGUCACCACCACUCUCCAUCAUCACCACGCCCCAGUCAUCACCACGCCCCAGUCAUCACCACGCUCCAGUCAUCACCACGCCCCAGUCAUCACCACGCUCCAGUCAUCACCACGCUCCAGUCAUCACCACGCCCCAGUCAUCACCACGCUCCACUCAUCACCACGCCCCAAUCAUCACCACGCCCCAAUCAUCACCACGCCCCAAUCAUCACCACGCCCCAAUCAUCACCACGCCCCAGUCACCACCACGCCCCAGUCACCACCACGCCCCAGUCACCACCACGCCCCAGUCACCACCACGCCCCAGUCACCACCACGCCCCAGUCACCACCACGCCCCAGUCACCACCACGCCCCAGUCACCACCACGCUUCAGUCAUCACCACGCUUCAGUCAUCACCACGCUUCAGUCAUCACCACGCUUCAGUCAUCACCACGCCCCAGUCAUCACCACGCCCCAGUUACCACCACGCCCCAGUCACCACCACGCCCCAGUCACCACCACGCUCCAGUCACCACCACGCUCCAGUCACCACCACGCUCCAGUCACCACCACGCCCCAGUCACCACCACGCCCCAGUCACCACCACGCCCCAGUCACCACCACGCCCCAGUCACCACCACGCCCCAGUCACCACCACGCCCCAGUCACCACCACGCCCCAGUCAUCACCACGCCCCAGUCACCACCACGCCCCAGUCACCACCACGCCCCAGUCACCACCACGCCCCAGUCACCACCACGUUCCAGUCAUCACCACGCCCCAGUCAUCACCACGCCCCAGUCAUCACCACGCCCCAGUCAUCACCACGCUCCAUAGGGGUAUCUGGCAACUCGCUCUGA